AACUCAAUCCGAUUCAAUCAGACAAAAUGGAGUCUCAACCGACAGCCAAAGCGUUACACAACCGUAUCAACAGCAACAUCUCCCAACUGCUCCAACGUUUCGAAAACAUCAUGGCAACAGCAACAGUCGAAAACACAAGCCACACCUCCACCGCCGUUGAAACCUAUCAACUGGACGUCGAAUCAACAGCUUUGGUCCGCGCCGCAGAAGACAUCCUCUCCCUCACCCGUGCCAUGAAAGAAACCUGGCUUUUCGGAAAACUGGAUACACUGGGUGAAGAUGAACGCGAUGUUAAGCGGAGAGAGGAAUUGGAGGGUGAUGCGGAGGCUGUGCAGAAGGUUAUUGAAGAGGGAGGUCUUUUGAAGUAAUUCUUUUUUCUCUGGGUCAUUGGGACUGGGCUGGUGUUUUGGUGUUGAAUGGCGUUUGGAUGUUAUAUCUGGUUUGAAUUGUACGGGAGUAUAUAUACUGUUCAAAUAGAUACCCUUGGAAAAUACCUUUUUACAUGAUUAAGUUGCUGUCUUC